AUGACGUACACCUCUUGUAGACAUAAAAGUCAGCUGGCGUCCUCCGAAACCAAAGGGUGGCGCCGACAACGCUCGCCUCGGAUACGAAGGAAGAGAAGAGCAAGUUGUGAUGGGAUGCGACUAUGCGAGUGUGAAUGGACGCAAGAUGAGCUGCCUGCCCAACCAGUGCACACCGAACAGCAACACAGUCGUCGACUAGAUGGCUGGUUCCGUAUCCGAUUGGUUACAGGAAUGGCAGGCAUCAUGCAGGCUUAUCUGCUGCUCUGUGUGUUUGGUUCGCCGGAGGUCUCAUUGGCUCCUGAUGCAUGUCAGUCGACCCUGUCUGCUCAGACCGUCAGUCAGGCAUGCAAUGCAAAGCAAGCACCGGUCAAAUCAAAACGCACCUUUGCCGGAUAG